AAAAUCAAUCCCGGGAAACCUUCAUUUGUUUUUUGGCUUUUGUUUUUUCUUCUUCCUUUUCUCCUUCACGUUGGAUUCAGAUGCGUUUAAAAAUCCAUCUUACUGUAGUAACUGCCAAUGCUGUUUGCUCUUUCCCCUGUAUAAAUUCAGACCCAAGUUUCUCAUUUAAGAUUCUGGGUAAAGAUACCACAUAUACCACAGAAACAUCUUUUUUUUUUUUUUUUUGGAUGAUCAUGGUUUGUGGGUUUCAGUUCCUGAAAACUUGAACUGGGUUUUUGUUGAUUAUUACAAUAUUUCAAAAGAGCAGAGGCAUUCUUGAAUUCAAAUCCCGUGAUUUCAAACUUUACAAUUCUGGGUCACUUUCAGAAAGAUCACAGGUUAUCUGGGUAACGUUUCUUGUGGGUUUCUUGAUGUUUUGGGUAUUGGGUUCCUGAAUUUAACUGGGUACUUGUUUGAUUUCAAUAGAUGGGUACCAUGGAUAUAUCACUAAUGCAUCAUGUGGCCACUGUGUUAUUCUUCCUCUGGUUGCUUUCUUAUUUCAAUCGCUGCUCCGCAGUCGCCUAUGUUGUGUCUCUUAUUUAUCUCUGCUGGGUUUACGAGAGGUGUUGGAUGAGGCUCCGGAAGAAACUGCAGUACGACGAAAAAAGACAAUCAAGUCAGAGAAGGGUACUCUCGGAUUCUGAAACUGUACGGUGGUUAAACCAUGCUGUUGAAAAGAUAUGGCCCAUAUGUAUGGAACAGAUUGCGUCACAGAAGAUUCUGCUUCCUAUCAUACCCUGGUUCUUGGAAAAGUACAAACCUUGGACUGCUAAAGAGGCUGUGGUAGAGCAUCUGUAUUUGGGAAGGAACCCACCUAUGUUCACAGAGAUGAGGGCUCUUAGCCAAUGCUAUGAUGAUGACCACCUGGUGUUAGAAUUAGGAAUGAAUUUUCUCACAGCAGAGGACAUGAGUGCAAUACUUGCGGUCAAAUUAAGGAAAAGACUGGGAUUUGGAAUGUGGGCAAAGUUGCAUAUCACAAGCAUGCAUGUCGAGGGAAAGGUGUUGGUUGGAGUGAAGUUUCUUCGGCAGUGGCCUUUCCUUGGUCGCUUGCGUGUAUGUUUUGCUGAGCCACCCUAUUUCCAGAUGACUGUGAAACCUAUAUUUACACAUGGGGUUGAUGUUACUGAACUUCCAGGCAUUGCAGGGUGGCUGGAUAAACUUCUCUCAAUUGCAUUUGAGCAGACACUUGUUGAGCCCAAUAUGCUUGUUGUUGAUAUUGAGAAAUUUGCUUCGCCACAGCCAGAGAAUUGGUUUUUUGUUGAUGAGAAGGAACCUAUUGCCUAUGCCAAAGUUGAAGUUGUUGAAGCAUCUGACAUGAAACCAUCGGAUUUAAAUGGACUGGCAGAUCCAUAUGUGAAGGGACAACUAGGGCCUUACAGAUUUAGGACUGGGACUCAAAAGAAAACUUUGGCUCCAAAAUGGAAUGAGGAAUUUAAGAUCCCUAUUUGUACAUGGGAUUCACCCAAUGUAUUAGCUAUUGAAGUUUGUGAUAAAGACCGUUUUGUUGAUGAUACUCUUGGCAAAUGUACUGUAAAUAUCAGUGACCUCAGGGGUGGCCAGAGACAUGACAUGUGGUUGCCUCUUCAGAAUAUCAAAACAGGGAGGCUGCAUCUAGUAGUUACUGUUGAUAAUGCCAAGGGAAAUGACUAUGCAGAGAAUGGUGAAACGUUAAAGAAGGAAGAUAUACAGAACUCCUCUGUGGGUGACACUGCUGAUAAAGAAGGUCCAUUACCUUCAGUCUCUUCAGAUAAAUCUGCAAAAGUACCAGAUAAUUUUGAACCAAUAAACAUCGAAGGACAAGAAAAAACUGGCAUAUGGAUCCAUCAGCCAGGAAGUGAAGUGUCACAAACUUGGGAGCCUAGAAAAGGGAAGAGUAGAUCUCUUGAGACCGUUAUCUACAGUGAGCCUAAGAAUUCUUUUGAAAGCACCACAUCAACAGCAUCAGGAUCCCCUCCUAAUGACAACAGCAGUGCUGAUGAAAAUCUUGAUGGAAAGCAUCCUGGCAAUAGAGUUCGGAAGGGCAUAUGGAGGAUUUUUCGCAGGAGUCCAAAAAAGGAUGAUCAAUCAAGCGGCAUUGGAGAAGUCUUUCAAUCAGCACCUGCAAACCUCAGAGCGGUGAAUGCCAAGAAGGUUGCUGUGAAAUUUGUAGUAGACGACAACCUUCCAGGGCCUUCGUCUGAUAAGGGCUCAAAAGAAGGAAGUUUGAGUCCUGAGGGGAGUGGUCCAAAAAGUCAGGGCAAAAACAUGAAAGGUAUGGCAAAGAGCGUCCUAAAACAUGCUGGGAAUUCUGCUCGCACUCUAAAACAUGUUCUUUCCCGCAAAGGGUCAAAGGACUCUCGAACCAAUGCAUCAGAAAUGACAGAGCAGAACAUUUGUGAAGAGUCUGAAUUUUCCAAUGAUGAAUCAGUUUCAUCCUUUGGGACGGAGAGUCUGCCACAUCCGAUGUCCUUGCCCCGCGAUAUUGACGACUCUUGUAACACCACAAAGCAUGCUGUUGAGACCAAUUCAAGUGCCCAGGUAGAUCCUCUAACCAAUACUGAUGAUCAAAUAGAGAGAAUUAGCAUUGAAUGCCCAAAAGAGAGAGAUGAUGAUAAGAUGAGAAGCCCUGGCAAACCCAGCAGUGGACUGGUUGAGUCUCCAAAACUGAAGCCUUCUGAAGGUAGUUUGGAAGGUGAGAAAAUGUAGAAAUCCAUUAGUUUAUGAAGCCAGUGUGUUCAUUUAUUGAUAUCUUUCCUUGACAUUUUAUACAAGUUUUGCAAAACAGUAGAACAGAUCUUGGACUUGAAUGUGUAAUACGGUUCUUUCUGGGUUCUUGUUUACAGGCAUGUAAAUGUAAAUUAAUUUUUAAUAUAUAUAUAUUUUCAUU